GCUACACAACACCGUGUCGGUUUGAACAACAACAGAAGCAUCAAAUCCGCCGAGAGUCGCUUGUCACUCAGUAAUUGUUUUACGGGCCACGCUGUAAACCCUAACAAUACUCCUACACGCUUCAUACAGCACAACAGGUUCCGCAAGCUGUAAUCAUCACUAUUUUGUGCAUGCAACAUGUAUUUCCGUUAUCUGUGUGCUUUCAGAGCUAUCAUUCAUAUGAUUCUGUCUGUUCCUGGACCUACGUUUGAAUCGCGAUAAAGCCUGAACAAGAUGGCGCACUUGAACCUGGGAAAUGUAGUGCUCCGGCUGAUGACAGAGGACGACAUUGAGGCUGUGAAAGCUCUCAUCAAGCAAGGAUGUGAAGGGAUGGAGAACCGGCUCAUCCUGCACCUCCUUACCAGACCCCUGGCGGUCCUCCUGCUCGCCACGGUCUCCUCCGUGCUCCGCUUUGUAAUGCAUUCUUUCCUGUUAGCCUUGUUUAUACCUGUUUUGCUUCUCAUCGUGUACCUCAAGCUGACCAUCCCACGGUCCACUGGUAUCCUGGGCUCCAGCAAACCCUACUGGGACUACCUGGGUAGCAGCUACCAUGCUAGGUCCCAACCUGACCUACCAAACCCACAUGCUGCAAAAGCGAAACUUGUUAACGACCAGGACAAAGCGAAACGUCGCAAGAAAGCCAAAGAGAAGUACAAGAGUAAAGAGGAAGAGAAAGAGAAAGCUGAAGACAGGGAGAUGGUGGAUGAAGAUGACCUGAAGGAACGGGCGCGCGUCGCAGGAGAAGUGUGGAUCGCCGAGUGUGACGGCGAGGUGCUCGGUUGUGUUGCUCGAGAUGUUUGGAGCCGGCGUUGCGUGUAUCGCAUUUGCAGGCUGGUAGUGCAGAGCUGGUACCGUAGAGAAGGCCUUGGAAGGCUGCUAGUCCAGCGCCUGGAGUCUAGAGCCAAGCAGUCUGGAGUGCGCAGAGUCUACGCUCAUGUGCCCUUCCCCUCCAAAGUAGGAGAGGCCUUCUUCAGAAAACUGGGUUAUCGGCUCCAGGGAGAGACUUCUGGGGUGGAAGGUGAAGAGGACGAGGAUAACGAGGAGCCAGAGAAAGGAUGGUUGGGCUUUCCAGUGACAAAAGUGUUUGUUAAAGACUUAUAGGUGGGAAUGAUAUUUUUUGGGGGGGAAUUUGCUUAAAAUCAUCAAACAGUGAGAUGAUUCGUGACAUUUCUAAUGUGUCAUUUCCCCGAUUUCUGUAUACCAUGAGUGAAAAGUUUUUUCGUUUUAUUUAUUCUAUUUAUUUAUUGUGGUGGUGUUUUUUUUUCCCCCGUUCUGUUAAAUAAAUUUAACAUUUUCUGAUGUCAUUUCAAAGUUCAGUCCAUUUUGAUACAUGUUGCUAAACUGCAACAGAAUAGAACUGUUUUUUUUUUGCCUGAAAAAAUAUAAAUAAAUUUUCUCAAAGACUGAUUUUA